UGCGCAUGCGCUGAAGACCGCCCCGGGACGUUCAGAGCCUGACAGUUGCUAGGGUGACAGAGACACAACAUGGCGGCCGGAUCCUAACGCUUUCCAUCGAGGGACCACCGCGGAGGUCCUAGUGCUGGACACCGCCUCAGGGAAGGCAGGGGGCCGCCCUUCCUGCCUCUUUCUUUUCCGUCCAGUGUCCGCAAGAGAUUGUUGCAGGCUUCCGCAUCCAACAUGAAGAACUAUAAAACAAUUGGCAAAAUAGGAGAGGGAACAUUUUCUGAAGUUAUGAAGAUGCAGAGCCUGAGAGAUGGAAAGUACUAUGCUUGUAAACAAAUGAAACAGCACUUUGAAAGUAUUGAGCAAGUGAACAAUCUACGAGAGAUACAAGCACUGAGGCGCCUGCACCCACACCCAAACAUUCUUACGCUGCAUGAAGUGGUUUUUGACAGAAAAUCUGGUUCUCUUGCACUAAUAUGUGAACUUAUGGAUAUGAAUAUCUAUGAGCUAAUACGAGGGAGAAGACACCCAUUAUCAGAAAAAAAAAUUAUGUACUAUAUGUACCAGUUAUGCAAAUCCCUUGAUCAUAUGCACAGAAAUGGAAUAUUUCACAGAGAUGUAAAACCAGAAAAUAUACUAAUAAAGCAGGAUGUCCUGAAAUUAGGGGACUUUGGGUCCUGCCGGAGUGUCUAUUCCAAGCAGCCAUAUACUGAAUACAUCUCUACACGCUGGUACAGGGCCCCAGAGUGUCUCCUCACUGAUGGGUUCUACACAUACAAGAUGGACCUAUGGAGCGCUGGCUGUGUGUUCUAUGAGAUUGCCAGCCUGCGACCCCUCUUCCCUGGCGCCAAUGAACUGGACCAAAUCUCAAAAAUCCAUGAUGUCAUCGGCACACCUGCUCAGAAGACCCUCACCAAGUUCAAACAGGAUCAGGAAUACCUCUACCGACAACCAAUUUGUCCCCGCAAUGCCUCUCCCUCCUGCAUGCAAUGGUGGCCUAUGAUCCUGAUGAGAGAAUCACUGCCCAUCAGGCCCUGCAGCAUCCCUACUUCAAAGAACAGAGAAACAGUCCCUAAAGCAAGAGGAGGACCAUCCCAAGAGACAAGAACCGGCCUACAUAAUGGAACUGCCCAAACUAAAGCUUUCAGGAGUGUCCAAACUGUCAUCUUACUCCAGCCCCACACUGCAGUCAGUGUUUGGAUCUGGAAUAAAUGGAAAAGUCCCGGUGUUGAGGCCCUUGAAGUGUGUUGGUACAAACAAGAAGACAGAUCCACAGAAGGACAUGAAACCUGCCCUGAAACAGUAUCGCUUGCCCACCAUAGAGAGGAAAGGUGGAGGGUACUGAGCAGCUUGCACCGCCGCAGCUCCGUGGAGGGGAAAGCCAGGUGUGACCAGGGCCAGCCUGGGCAACCAGGGCUCAGGGAGAGUGCUGCUCUUCGGACUGGCCCACACUACUUGGGCCGGAGCUGCUCCGAGGCCCGCACGUGUUUGCAGCCCCAAGAGCAGCUAUACCUUGUGUUCCAGUCCAAUACAUUUGUAAAACCACCUCAUUCCAGGGUUUUCAUUUCCGUAACAUAAGAAUUCUGGGCAGGGACUAUUUUGUAACUUUUUAUAUGAAUUAAAAUGAAUACACUAGGAUACAUGUGUGUUAGGCUGUAGUUGAAGGUGGUCUCUGUGUAUUCUGCCUUCCCUAUACAUAACCAAUAGUAUGAGGUGUGUGCGUCACAUCUUACAGAUAAUGCUAUCGGAGACUCCUGAUUUUUAUUAAAGAAUAAGCUAUCAUUAUAAUAUUUCAUUUAACAUUCUUUGAGUUAAACAUGUGUCCUUAUUAUCCAUUCCUUUAUCUUAGCUUUUGUGGGCAUAUUAGAGCAAUUGCUUUGGUUGGGAAUACUUUGGCAUGGCUUAAUUUUAUUUCAUUUGAAAAACCACCAAGGGAAAUGCACAGGCCUAUUCUUAGAGUCCUCAUGCCACCCAGUGACCUUAGCUGAACAAGGUGGUGCUGCAGCAUGGUGGUAGACCUGAGGUGUCUAUUCUGAGCACCAGGCUUUGAGGUACCACAUCAUUUUACUCCUGGGUGUCUAAGACACUGCCUCCUGCCUGCCAACGGUGCUGUACUAAGUUGGGCACCUGAUGUCCUACAAAAAGAAACCCUUUCCCCUUGGGGGUGGGAUGGGAACACUGCAGAGAAACGGGCACUAGCCAGGAUGCAGGGCAGACAAGAAAAAUCCCAUUAAACCCCUUUUUGUCCUAGACUGUGACCUAAUAAUUGAAUGUUACUUUUUUCUCAUCUUUUUAUACUUACAUUAAAAAAAAAAGCUAAAUUUCCCAGGUUAAUGUUGAAUCUCCUUAUUACCUGUUGAGACAAACAAAUCUGUGACAUCCUUCUUUCCAGGUGCUCUCCAGGGGUCCCACCUCCAGGCUACCUGCAGGUGGUGAAGCAUAGCCAGGAGCAAUAAGACAGCUGAGCUGUAGGAGGUGGACACAGGGCUACAUGGAGGGGUAUGCUGAGGGGGAGGAAAAAGGGGCAGCUAACUCAGGGGUGCUGGUCCCUGGUCUGGGCCCCAUGGGGGCAAAGGAGACAAAGGACAGAUUCAAGACCAGAAAUGAGGCUUACAGUGACAUGCUGGAGUGAGUGCUCCUUGGGAGGGGUUGGAACAAGUUUCCUUUUAAAUCCAUUUGGGGGCUUGGCACCUGUAGCUCAAGCGACUAGUGCGUCAGCCACAUACA